UCCCCCCUGCUCCCGCUAUGUCUCUUUUGUAGCCAAAGUAGCUCGCUGAACCAAUCCACCGCAGUGCCUGGGACAGAUUGACUGAAAGAGAGAGUGAGGGAUUUAGAGGAUGGGUAAGGGGGCUUAAGGGAAAACACACAGAAGAGAGAGAGAGGGAGAGUGUCCAAAGCCAACCAAGCCUCCCUGGUGUGAGGUUUCUUGGCUACUGACGUGUGCGCACGACUCUCGUGGCAGGAUGAGUUCAUGUAGCAGCCGUGCGUUGACCAUCCUGUCCACGGUGUUCGGGGCCUGCGGGCUGCUGCUGGUGGGGGUGGCCGUGUCCACAGACUACUGGCUGAUCAUGGUGGAGGGCAUCAUCCUGCAGCAGAAUCAGAGCAUGGAGGUGAAGAUGGCGCUGCAUUCAGGCCUCUGGAGAGUUUGCUUCGUGGCUGGAGCAGAAAACGGGAGAUGUGUCGCAUCGGAGUACUUCACUGAACCUGAUAUUGAGAUCACCACUGAAAACACUGCAAAUAUCCUCAAGAUGGUGCGGACCGCCACACCCUUCCCCAUGGUGUCGCUGCUCUUCGUCUUCACGGCCUUCGUCAUCAGUAACAUCGGACACAUCCGGCCUCAGCGCACUAUCCUGGCCUUUGUGUCCGGCAUCUUCUUCAUCCUCUCAGGCCUCAGUCUGGUGGUGGGUCUGGUGCUCUACAUCUCCAGUAUUAAUGACGAGGUGAUGAACCGGCCCAGGGAGCCCGAGCAGUUCUUCAACUACCACUACGGCUGGUCCUUCGCCUUCGCUGCCUCUUCAUUCCUACUCAAAGAGGGGGCCGGGGUGAUGUCAGUCUAUCUGUUUAUGAAGCGCUACGCCGAGGAGGAGAUGUACCGCCCCCACCCUGCACUCUACCGCCCCCGCCUGUCCGAGAGCAGUGACUACAGCGGCCAGUUCCUACACCCAGAAUCCUCCUGGCCUCCGCCGAAGCGAGGCCGCAGCACCUCGAACGCCUCCAGCGACAUCUCCAUCCAGCUCAACCAGGCCCCCCCACCACCGCCCAAAAGUGGCCACCACGGGCAGGGCAGCCCCCCCUCUGGGUCUUCAUCUGCAGGGAGCUACCAGAUGCCCCCACAGUCUGCCGUCUACUCCACACACACCCUCACCAGGUUGCACGGCUCACACCCCCAAGGCCAGGCUCUCCCCAUGGCCAUGCCUCCAUCGCCUGUACCCCCCCCUCACUAUCACACACACAUGCACAUGAGCGCCUCCCCCUGUUAGGAAACGGGAGCAUUAGGGAGGGAAGGAGAGACACUGACUCCUCAUAAUCACUGAUUCUGUACAUUUAGAUGUGGAUGAGAGUAAAUACUGAGCUUGGAGCACAGACCAUUUAAGAUGAAGCGGACGGAGAGGUGAUAAAACGUGAUAAAAUGUAGCUUUGGAACAAAUAAACCAAGGAAAAAGGAGGUGAUGGAGAUUGUAAGGAAGGAUUUAACAGGAUUGUGGAGAUGUGACAGACACUGUGAUGGACAGAGAAAAAUAUAAACAGGGGAUGAGUGGAAAAGGAAAAAUAGUAAUUCAAUUUUUCAUAACAGAAAGAGGGAAAAAAGUGUUUCUUAGAAAGACUUUAGAGGUUAGGUUGAGUGACAGAGGAGGUAUAGGGGAGGGAGAGAGAGGCAGGGAGAGCGAGGGGCUGCGGUAUAAUGUGAAGAUACCGCAGUGCUGCAGGAAAUUUGUAUGCACUUGGAAAUGUACAAUGCAAAACACUGAUCACACAGACUGAGUGCACAUAGUUUUAUACAUGCAUAAAUCAAAAGAAAACAUGGACUACGAACCUUUUACCAAAAGGUAAAUGUGGUAAAAUAUAUUUGUGUCUUCUCUGAAUUUCUUACAUCAUCAAUCCAGUUUCAUAACUCACAAUGUCAAAAUAGUAUUAUUAAUAUAGUUAAUUAAAAACAUUAGUUUAACAAUAGAUUACUUCUGAAGUGAGAACACUGUAUGUGAAUGUUGUUAAUAUUUGUAAAAGAAAAAAAUAAUACAGACAGAAGUGGAAGAUGUUCUGAAAUAUCACAAGGAGAAAUCUACUCGAUGUUUUACAUAUUUGUUUAAGAUUCAAAUUUCUAAACUUCUUGUAUAUAAAAUCGCACAUGAGGACUAUUAAUAUAGCUGUUGUAAAUUAUGAAUGAAGCUUUGGCACAAGUCACAUCAAGAAAAUGUCUGACUCAUUCUGCUUUGGAUGAAGACUGCAACAGGCCAUGGUGAGAAGGAGGAACCAGCGACCCUGGUGGUCUGAUGCCCUCUACUGGUCACUGUUCUCCACUGACCUUGGAUCAGCUUUGGGGGCAAAGGUCACGACUUCUACGGGCACUCUUCCUUCCUCAGUGACCUCCACUGUGUGUUUGUUGUUGGUGCAGCACAAAUGAGUUGGACUGAAGCUGGUGAAUGUUAGAAGAAACAAGACAUGCCAUUUUGAACUGCACAUGGAUCAAGAGUUAUGCUUUAAAAACUGGUUAGAAGUAUUUUUAAAAGCUUUAACGCUGUUGAUAUAUCUAGAUAACUCACAUGAUGAAAGUAUUAAUUGCAUUUGCACUCACUGCUCAAAGGACAAUUACACUGUUUGUGAAACGCAGGUCCUUUUUACAUAGACAAAGUAGAGACCCCUGCUUUAUUCCAAUGUUUUCAUUGGCUAUGUGAGCCAAAGGUUCUUUCUAGAGUAUCUGAAAAAAUAUGUUUUAAUGUAACUAUAUACUGACCUCUGUUUAUUUUAAGGAUCACCUGAUAAGAAUUCUUUCUUUAGGUCAAUCUGAUUAUCUUCUCGAUUUCAUGUUUUAUCUAGGAAAUGUAAGAAAAUAUUGAAAAAUGUCAUCGUUAUGGCCCACUACUUAAUAUAAUGUAUUUAAGCUGCUUGUUUAAUUCGACCAACAGUACAAAGAUCAUAUCAUAUUUGAGAAGCGGAAAGCAGAAAAGACAAUAUUAGCUUACAGGUGGGAACAUUUAUUAUUCAGGUGUUUCAGAUGAUCAGACAUGGGUCAGAGUAGCACUUCCUUUAACAUUGUGGGGGCUUUGUGGGACGUCUAAGCCUACUUUGCUGUGCACUUUAACCAUAUGAUGCUUUAUGUUUCUUAGUAUAAUAUUUUCAGAUGCUUUAAAACCGAGUUUCUCUUAAAUACUGUAUAGUAUCUCAAAGAUGCAUAUUAGAUAGCUAAGCAGGACCUGUGUAUCAAAAACAGUUUUAAUAUAGACUAGUUUAUUUCGUUUAUUGUUUUUAAGGCACAUCAUGGAUAUGUCGAUAAUAUAUAUCUCUGUAAUGAGAAUUAAACCACCGUGUCAUUGUUUAGCGGCUGGUUUUCAUUAUCACUGUGAUGCUAAAGAGAGAGGGAAACACACUGAUGUCCUACAGAAUGUGUGAGAUGAAAGUCUUACAAACAUACGGGGGAGAAUAUAAAGUGAGAUCGAGGAGAUAUCGUCACAUUUUCGCCUUUUUGCGGACGUUUUGUUGAUCAAGCAUGUGGUUCUUCAACACCGCCCUUCUUUUUGUUUAUGUAGUCGCACAAAUUCAUAUUGAGAUGAAGUCCAGUGAAGCUGCAGCCUUCUGUUGUUGCCUCUGCUGUUACAGUAGUGCUUAAGUUCCCUGCUCAAGUUUUUUAACCAAUAGGCAUUGAAGUAUUCUUGUUAAAAUCCACCUUUCUAACCUUUGGACUGCUGACCCCGUUUUUACCUUUGUAUCAACAGACAGCUGCUCCGAUUCUCCCUCUACACCCAUAAUUUAUAUUUUGAAACCAUUUGAUUAUCAUUUGCAUAAUUUGCAAACUGCAGCAGUUAUUUCCUUUUCAUCUCUGUACUGUACCUCUUUGUCUUUCCCUCUCUACUACCCCAAUCUUGUUUUUCCUCUUUAUGAUUACAUAAAAGGAUGUAGCUGUGCUUGAUCUGCAGAAAGCCUGGACUUCUUUCAUAUAACCAUCUUUGUAAAGAAAAAAAAUAUGGGUAAAACAAAUGCUUUUCAAUGCUUUAAUGGAACUGAUGCUGUAUAAUCUUGAGUUACAUAAGUCAAUAGCAGUUGUGAUUAAGAUCACUUUUCUUGAAAGUGUUGACAUCUGUCACUCACUUUCCUCUUAACAUGAAUAAAACUUUCAACAUGGGUUC